AUGUCUAAUUCGGCUGAUGCACUUGCGGAGGCAGAUGCACUUGCGGAAAUGUCUAAUUUUGCUGAUGCACUGGCGGAGGCAGAUGCACUUGCGGAAAUGUCUAAUUUUGCUGAUGCACUGGCGGAGGCAGAUGCACUUGCGGAAAUGUCUAAUUCUGCUGAUGCACUGGCGGACGCAGAUGCACUUGCGGAAAUGUCUAAUUCUGCUGAUGCACUGGCGGAGGCGGAUGCACUUGCCGAAAUAUCUAAUUCGGCUGAUGCACUGGCGGAGGCAGAUGCACUUGCGGAAAUGUCUAAUGCUGCUGAUGCACUGGCGGACGCAGAUGCACUUGCCGAAAUGUCUAAUUUUGCUGAUGCACUGGCUGAGGCAGAUGCACUUGCCGAAAUGUCUAAUUCGGCGGAUGCACUGGCGGAGGCAGACGCACUUGCUGAAAUGUCUAAUUCAGCUGAUGCACUGGCGGAGGCAGAUGCACUUGCCGAAAGGUCUAAUUCGGCGGAUGCACUGGCAGAGGCAGACGCACUUGCUGAAAUGUCUAAUUCAGCUGAUGCACUGGCGGAGGCAGAUGCACUUGCGGAAAUGUCUAAUUCAGCUGAUGCACUGGCGGAGGCAGCUCAUUGCGGAAAUGCGGAUGCACUGGCAGAGGCAGACGCACUUGCUGAAAUGUCUAAUUCUGCUGAUGCACUGGCGGAGGCAGAUGCACUUGCGGAAAGGUCUAAUUCGGCGGAUGCACUGGCGGAGGCAGACGCACUUGCUGAAAUGUCUAAUUCAGCUGAUGCACUGGCGGAGGCAGAUGCACUUGCGGAAAUGUCUAAUUCAGCUGAUGCACUGGCGGAGGCAGAUGCACUUGCGGAAAUGUCUAAUUCUGCUGAUGCACUGGCGGAGGCAGAUGCACUUGCGGAAAUGUCUAAUUCGGCUGAGAAUGGCGGAGGCUGCACUUGGGAAAUGUCUAUUGCUGAGCAAUGGCAGAGGCAGAUGGCAACUUGCGCGGAAAUGUCUAAUUCUGCUGAUGCACUGGCGGAGGCAGAUGCACUUGCAGGAAAUGUCAACUUCUGA